UAUCACGUGUAUCCAUCAAACUGCGCAGUAGAGAGCAGCGUUUGCGAGGGAGACAAACAUGGCGGCUCAAACCCGGGCGCUUGUUUCAGCCAAAUGGCUCGCAGAUGCGAUAAAAAACAACCUUAUUGGACCAAAUCUUCGAGUUCUAGAUACGUCCUGGUAUCUACCGAAGUUAAAACGCGAUGCAAAAGCAGAAUUUAACCACCAACACAUACCUGGUACUUCCUUCUUUGAUAUUGACGAAUGUUCCGACAAAACUUCUUCGAUGGAUCAUAUGCUCCCAAAUACUAGUCAGUUUGCGGAAUAUGUAGGGGGUUUAGGUAUAGGAAACGACACACAUGUAGUAGUGUAUGAUACCAGUGAUUUUGGGUCUUAUAGUGCGCCCCGCGUGUGGUGGAUGUUCCGAUUAUUUGGGCACAAUUAUGUGUCGGUGCUGGACGGGGGUAUGAAGAAUUGGCUGGCCGAAGGAUACCCUGUCACUGCGGAAUACAGCGAGCCAAAACGUGUGGAGUUCAAGGCGACCGCGAAUCUAUCCUGGGUGAAGUCGUAUGAAGAUGUACUGAAAAACAUUGAGACCCAAGAAGUACAAGUGGUUGACGCAAGAUCUGCCGGGCGAUUCCGCGGGACCGAACCUGAACCAAGAGACGACACGGAGCCUGGCCACAUUCCCGGUACUAUCAACAUGCCUUUUGCCAAGUUUAUGGACGCCUCGGGCAAGGUGCUGGAGCCCAAAGUGCUGUCAAAAAUGUUUCAGGAGGCUGGAGUGGACCUGGAGAAACCGUUCUGGGUGACUUGUGGGUCAGGGGUCACAGCAUGCCAUGUGGUUCUAGCUGCUCACUUGUUGGGACAUUCUGGGUCAGUGUCUGUGUACGACGGGUCCUGGUCAGAAUGGUUCAAAAGGGCUGACCCUAAGCAUGUAAUCUCAGAGAUUAAGGGGGAGCGAGUUUGAUGUGAAGGACAGGGUUGGGUAGAAAUGAGCACCUAGGAAAACACUGGUGAAUGAGGUCCUGUAUUUACCAGGGCACACAAAGGCAGUCCAAUUCAGAUUGAACAUAAUUUUGUUGAAAAAAUGUCUGGCUGUUUAAUACUUUCGAUUAUAAAAUGUUCUAAAUUCUAUUAAUAACAUGUACAUGUGUUAAAGCACUUUAAACUUUCAAAGGUUUAUGUUCAUACAACAAAAAGAGGAUUUAAAGUAAUUGCACCAAUAACUUUUCAUUUUUCUGUGGCAAAGUGCAGUAUAGGGUAAAAUGCUGUCUGUCAGUCUCAACUCCGAAGAGGAAUACGGUCAGGUUUAUCUAUGUUAACAUUGUCAUGCCGAUGGAUGCUAACAUUCACAAUAAACCCCAGCCCAAGUUCAAAAGUAUCAUCUCAUCCCUGAAAAUGACCAGCUUUUUCAGCUGAAUAUUAUGACAGUUGGAUUUGGCACUUCAAGGCAAACAACAUUAUGCUUUGACUAUAAUAACGACCUGUUGCUGUGAAACGUAGCACAGCACGAUGAGUAGUCUACCCGUUCACGUCUUAAAAGUGCUUAAAUUUAAUAUUAUAUUAAUUUAAUAUUUAAACUUCAGCUUUAAGAUUACUGUGAAAUAUCCUCAACUGAAAACAUACUGAAGAAAUACAAAAGAAAUUGACACAUCUACAAGAGUUUCACUGUUUCAAUUAAAGUGCAAUUGGAAACUUAAUUACAAAUAAAGUAAAAUCAAAACAUAGCACAAAAGGUCAAUGAAUCUGUACCAGAAAUGACAGUGCAAUGUAGCAGAUAAAGAACGAUCCUCCUCCAAAUUGCCAGUAAUCAGCUGGAUCCAUCCCUCGUGUAGCAAGGGGGAAAAUAAGGACACACUAAGAUUCACUGAAAAGUCCUUAAAAAGUAGCAUUUCAUAUUUUACCAUUUCUUUAAACAAACUUAAUGCAUGUCAGCACUCCCGCCAGAAAAAUGUGACUCACCAAAAGAAGGAAGAAGUGGAUUCACCACAAUUGACAAUUAUCACAGAUCAUAUCAAGGUAAAAGAAAGCAGGCAAGCCAAGUUCAGCCAGCCCGCAAUAAAAAGUGAUGAUCGUUAAUGCCCUCCCUGGAUUCAAAUCUGGGUGAGUUCCCACAUAUGAGACUGUCUUCAACCACUACACCACAGAGCUACACAUCUGCUGAGAGUUGGUAUAGCAUUUCGACAGUACUGUCGAUUAUUAACAUCAUGCCGAGUUUCAAUAUGUCGCUAGACACCAUUUAGCAUUGUGUUAAACUGAGUAAUGUUUCUUAUUUAAGUUUACCUCAAAUGUAUGACUUUUGCCAAUGGCCAUUUUAAGAGCUUAUUAGCCAUUUGUGAAUGGCAUUUAUACAAUAACUAUCAAUACAGGUGAUGAUAACUUACUUUUUCGUCAAUUGAAAAGAUGAUGGAAUUGUGUAGCCAGCGAAGUGUUUGUCUAUCCUGAACAAAUAAUAUCUCAAGAACAGCAUAGAGGAGUAAAAUAUUUUGAGGAAGACUGGUGCCUCUGUGCAGAGUUUGCAUGUUCUGCCUCUGUGAUUACAUUUCUUCCCACAAAAAGGUUAUUGUCAAUUCUUGAGAAAAUAAAUAAAAUGAACAUGUACAGACGAACUGGCAGUAAUAUGGCCAUUAGUUUACAUGGUAUCCAUUCA